AUGUUUCCCCAACGAAGCUGCUCCUAUCUAAGCUCGGAGGAGGGAGGAAACUUGUUUGGGGGUGUGCUCGAGCACGGGACAGCCCGGGCUGCCCGCCCGCGGCUCGCGCUAAUUCCUCCCUCUCUGCCCCCGGGCGCCCCGACAUCCGACUCUCCUAAGAGGCGCGUCAAUCGCCGGCACAUUCAGGAUCCCCCCGAGGCCACACUUGCCCUCCCCCAGCCGGGUUUCCCGCUGAGCCCUGAGUGCGAGCCCAAGGCCCCCCGCUCCCCCUACCCUGCGCCGCAGCCCGGCCGCGGGGGCAAGGGCCGGGUCCUCGGGCCGGGGGCAUUGUCUACCACCCGCCACGAAAGUUCCCCCGGCGGCCCGGGGUGGGGGGUCGCUGCGGGGAGGGUCCCACCCCUGCGGCCCGGGAGGACCCGCGGACGCCGAGCCCCGGCCCACUUCUAG